UUAAUUGUUUCUGCUUGAAGAAGAUAAAGUUAAAAUUUACAUUUGGGGGAAAAGAUUUGCUGUAAUAAAAGGUUAGAAAAAUAUUUUUCUUCCUGUGAUUGGUAUAAUAAUUCCAGUUUUCUAUUUGUAGGGAAAACACUUAAACAGUACUGACUUCAGUAUGGACCGAUAUGAAGAUGUAUCUGAUUGUGAAGUGGAUCACUCUUUCUUUGAUAGUGAUUUUGAAGAAGAGAUGAAGAAAGACAGAGCAACAACACAAAUAAAUAAAAUAGAAAGUUCUGGGCCUGCACAAAUAAAAGAUUCAGUUACAGAUGAUUGUCAUCUGAAACAGGAAGCCAAAGCAAUGGAGAAUAACUGUAUUGAGGAAGAAAAGCAAGCUAAGCAGGCAGAAUCUCAAAAGGAACACAUGUUAGGAAAUGGUGCUCAUAAUUCAAAUAAUGCUCUUUCUUUGUUAGCUUCUUUAAAUCUGGAGGAUCCAGUUGAUAGAAUCACAGCACAAAAUGAACAAACUCUUCAUGAAAACAUUCCUGUGCAAAUUCCCCUAAGAGAGAAAGAAUGUGAAGAAAAUUACUACACAGAUGAAGAAGACAGUAGUGAUGAUAGCAGAAAUCAGAGAGUUAGACAUAAGUUCUCUAAACAGCCUAAUGGUACGAAAGUUAAUAGGAAUGUUAGUUCCUCCUCAUCCUCUUCCCCAUCUUCUAGUUCUGAUACAGAUUAUUCAGAUACAGGAUCUGAUGGUUGCCUGUCAGACUCAUCAUGUUCUUCAGAAAAGAAAAACAUAAAAUCACCACUUCCUUCAUCAGGACAACAGUCAAGACAAGGAAUAAAGUCAGUGGAAGAAAAAUCAAAAUUGGAUGACCACACAGAAGAGUCUGAAGAUACAGUUACUGAUGUAACUCCUCUUUCAACCCCAGAUAUUAGUCCCAUCCAAUCUUUUGAAGUGGCAGCAUCCAAUGAUAAUAAAUUAAAGGUUAAAAGACAACAAAAUGUGAGCCAGGAGUUAUGUGAACCUGAGGUAGAUCACAAAUGUCUUCAAAAGGUACUACAUGAAGCUAUGGACUUGAAUAACCUUUUGAAAGGUAUUUUUCUUUUAAUUCUUCAAUAUCAUUUUUUCUCCUUAUUCUUUCAUU